AUGAAAAUUAAAUUGUUAAAAAAUUUAUUGAUACUAUCAUUAUGCUUUAUGGUAGUUUUCACUUAAUUUGAAUCCCUAACUGAAGAAGACGAAGAAAUAGUGAACGGAGAAGAAUAUGUCUAAACACCUUUUGGAUUACUUCCUAGAGAAUGUGUUUUAAGAGUUCCAACAGGCACUCAUAUCCAAGAAACAGAAGAAGGGUUUAUUCAUCUAACUAAUGAUUAAGAGAAUUUUGUUAAAAGAGUAGCUAGAAAUGAGAAAUGUGAUAGAAAAAAUCCUACUAAAUUACUGAAAACAUGGAUUGAUAAUGGAGGUUGGACUAUUCCUGAUGGUUUAACAUUAUAAAAAUUUGAAGGGAAUUACAAAGUUCCUAACGAUCCUCAAUUAAAAAGUAAUUAAAUUCUUUACUACUUUAUUGGGUCUUAAAAUAAUGAUGGAAGUGGUCCUGGAAUUAGCAUAAUUUAGCCUGUACUCACUUUUCGCUAUAAUAAAUGGUUCUUCUAAUCUUGGAAUUGCUGCCCUCAAGGUAUGGCUAUUAAUAGCUCUCCUGUAGGAAAUGUUAAAGCAGGAGAUACCCUUUAUGGUUCUGUAGAAAUUGUUGACGAUAAAGUGACUAUUGUUUCUCAAAAUUCCGAAGGUUAAUCCUCUACUCUCUCAGUAAGCAGAGAAGAUAGAAACUUUAAUUGGAUAGAUGCAACUCUUGAAGUGUACAAAAUUAUAUCCUGCAAGAACUUCCCUACAGAAUAUCUUGAAUAUUCUAAUAUGAAUGUUACUCUCUCUAAUGGGUAAUCAGUUUAACCAUAAUGGGAAGAUUAAUAUGGUAACUCUAUGUGUAACGGAAGGACAAGUAUAAUUGAUAAUUAAACUAUCAGAAUAUAGCAUAAUAUUUAAUAAACUUAAUAAAAUUGA